GUCUGCUUCUUUCACCGUAAAUGCGAGCUCUUCCUGAAGCCGUACAGUACAGGUUCGAGGUCCCUUUUUUUUUCCUUCGAAAUUUCAGCUAAUUCCCCGUCUCGGAGCCAAACCCUACAUAUUUCCAGUUCCGUUUGCUUAACCUCGGGAACCCUAAUUUCACGAGACAACUGUCUCCACUUUCUUCUCCUCUGAUCUUCCCAGCCUGAUUCGAGCUAAAAAGCUAUAAUUCUUUCUUUUGGGAUCCGGAUCAUUUCCCUCUCAAUCGCUAGGUUCUUAUUGACGGUCGGGUGGGCUAAUUCGGGUUGGUUUCAGGGUUGAUACGGAGGAUCGGAGUCUCUGUAGAGGUUUCAUCGGACGAGAUGAGCGCUCAAAAGAAGAAGAACUUCCAAAUAGAGGCGUUCAAGCACCGGGUCGUGGUGGAUCCGAAAUACCCUGAAAAGACGUGGAAGAUUCUGGAGCAUGCAAUCCACGAGAUUUACAAUCACAAUGCUAGCGGGCUUAGCUUCGAAGAGCUUUAUAGGAAUGCUUACAAUAUGGUGCUGCACAAAUUUGGAGAGAAACUAUACUCUGGACUCGUGACAACUAUGACGUCUCAUCUACUUGAAAUAUCUAGAUCAAUUGAAGCGGCUCAGGGGGAGGUAUUCUUGGAAGAGCUGAACAGGAAGUGGGCCGAUCAUAACAAGGCAUUGCAAAUGAUCCGAGAUAUAUUGAUGUACAUGGAUAGGACUUUCAUUCCAAGCACCCACAAAACCCCAGUUCACGAGCUUGGGUUGAACUUAUGGAGAGAUGUUGUUAUCCACUCCAGCAAAACCCAGAUUAGGCUUCGGGAUACACUCCUUGAGCUUGUGUAUAGAGAAAGGAAUGGUGAAGUUAUAAAUAGAGGUUUGAUGAGGAAUAUUAUAAAGAUGUUAAUGGAUUUAGGUUCUGCUGUUUACCAAGAAGACUUCGAGCAGCAUUUUCUUGAAGUUUCAGCUGAUUUUUACCGUCUUGAGUCUCAACAAUUCAUUGAGUCAUGUGAUUGUGGGGAUUAUUUAAAGAAAGCUGAGAGACGUCUAAAUGAAGAAAUGGAGAGAGUGUCCCAUUAUAUGGAUGCUAGAAGUUUAGACAAGAUAACUAAUGUUGUUGAAAAGGAGAUGAUUGAAAGUCAUAUGCAGAGACUAGUCCAUAUGGAGAACUCAGGCUUAGUUAACAUGCUUGUGAAUGACAAAUAUGAGGAUUUGGGAAGAAUGUAUAACUUGUUUCGCAGGGUGCCCACUGGACUGUCAAUAGUUCGGGAUGUUAUGACCUCCUACAUUCGGGAUACCGGCAAGCAGCUAGUGACUGAUCCGGAAAGGUUGAGGGAUCCGGUUGACUUUGUGCAACGUUUGUUGGAUUUAAAGGAUAAAUAUGAUGAAAUCAUCACUUUGGCAUUUGGAAACGACAAGACGUUCCAGAAUGCUUUGAAUUCCUCUUUUGAGUACUUCAUCAAUUUGAAUGCUCGGUCCCCGGAAUUCAUUUCUUUGUUUGUGGAUGACAAGCUCCGGAAAGGACUGAGAGGGGUUAGUGAGGAGGAUGUGGAGAUUGUACUGGACAAGGUCAUGAUGCUUUUCCGUUACCUACAAGAGAAAGACGUAUUUGAGAAGUAUUACAAACAACAUUUGGCCAAGAGGCUUCUUGCGGGGAAAACUGUCUCUGAUGAUGCGGAAAGAAGUCUGAUUGUUAAGCUUAAAACAGAGUGUGGAUACCAAUUUACGUCUAAACUGGAAGGUAUGUUCACUGAUAUGAAGACCUCAGAGGAUACCAUGCAGGGCUUCUAUGCAAGCCAUGGCACUGAGUUAGGGGAUGGCCCCACAUUAGCUGUUCAUGUACUCACUACAGGUUCUUGGCCUACUCAACCGAGUGCUACAUGCAACCUUCCAGCAGAAAUCCUGGGGGUAUGUGAGAAGUUCAGGAGUUAUUAUCUUGGGACGCAUACUGGUCGUAGGCUGUCCUGGCAAACGAACAUGGGCACUGCUGAUUUGAAAGCGACCUUUGGGAAGGGCCAGAAGCAUGAGCUCAAUGUUUCCACCUACCAGAUGUGUGUACUGAUGCUUUUCAACAAUGCCGAUAGGCUGAGUUAUAAGGAGAUUGAGCAAGCCACAGAGAUACCUGCCUCAGACUUGAAGAGAUGCCUGCAGUCUCUGGCUUGUGUCAGGGGGAAGAAUGUUUUGCGGAAGGAGCCUAUGAGCAAGGACAUAGCUGAGGACGAUGCCUUCUUCUUCAAUGACAAGUUCAUGAGCAAGCUCUACAAGGUAAAAAUAGGUACCGUGGUUGCUCAGAGGGAAUCUGAACCUGAAAAUCAGGAAACCCGGCAGAGAGUGGAGGAGGACAGGAAGCCUCAGAUCGAGGCUGCGAUUGUGAGAAUCAUGAAGUCACGGCGGACGCUAGAUCAUAAUAACAUUGUUGCUGAGGUCACAAAGCAGCUGCAGGCUCGGUUCUUGCCCAACCCUGUUGUCAUAAAGAAACGAAUUGAAUCCCUCAUUGAGCGGGAGUUUUUGGAGAGGGACAAAAAUGAUAGGAAAAUGUAUCGAUAUCUUGCUUGAAGAAUAGGCUCAAAACGUUGUCUCAUAGUGCCAAGGUAUAUGUCACGCCUGAUUGUAUCCUCCAUUUGCUGAAUUGGAAGGUUGUUCUCGAAUUAAUCGAGGCUUGGAUGGGUUUCAAUGAAUUUCAUUUCUGCUUA